AUGAAACUUAUCUUAAAAUUUCAAGAUCGAUUUUGCCGUUGUUUUCGAGAAAUCUUGCUUACCGGUGGGCUUGGCCAGCUUGGAACGGAAUGUGCGAAACUACUCAGGAGUACCUACGGCGAGGAAAGUGUCAUCCUGUCGGAUAUAAUCAAACCAAGCUCGGAGAUUGUGGACAGUGGGCCGUACAUUUUUGCUGAUAUUCUAGAUUUUAAGGGCCUGCAAAAGAUCGUUGUCGAUCACCGUGUCGAUUGGAUAAUUCACUUCUCUGCACUUUUGAGUGCAAUCGGCGAGCAGAAUGUGCCACUCGCUGUGCGGGUCAACAUCGAAGGUUUGCACAAUGUGAUCGAACUAGCCAAGCAGUACAAAUUGCGAAUAUUCGUACCGAGCACAAUCGGAGCGUUCGGUCCAGACAGUCCGCGAAAUCCUACCCCGAACGUUACGAUUCAGAGACCGAGAACCAUUUACGGUGUGUCGAAAGUCCACGGUGAGCUGAUAGGCGAGUAUUAUCACCACAAGUUUGGGCUGGACUUCCGCUGCUUAAGAUUCCCGGGUGUUAUCUCCAGUGAUCCACCAGGCGGUGGCACUACCGAUUAUGCUGUGGCUAUCUUUUUCGAAGCCCUGAAAAGCGGGAAAUACGAAUGUUACCUCAGGCCGGAUACUCGCCUGCCCAUGAUGUAUAUCGAGGAUUGCUUGCGAUCGUUACACGAAUUCAUGACUACUCCAGAGGAAAAAUUAAAACGCAGAGUGUACAAUGUUACGGCAAUGUCCUUUACACCAGAAGAACUGGCAGCCGAGCUGGCCACUCAUAUCCCGGAGUUGCACGUGAGUUAUCGUCCGGACAGUCGUCAGUCAAUUGCCGACUCUUGGCCGCAAGUCUUCGAUGAUUCGGAUGCACGCCGCGAUUGGGGAUGGCAACCGAAAUAUGACUUGAAGAAGCUGGUAGAAUUGAUGGUCAACGAUGUUCGGGAAAACUAUAUCAAGAAAGGGCGCAGCAGCGUUUAG